AUGGUUCUCACCAGAGUAGGAUACAAACAGCGUGGUCUGGUCCCCAUGACGGACGAUAUUGCGGCAGUCAUUAAAAAACAUAAUCAAUGUAAAAUCAUGGAUUUCUUUGGCCAGAAUUUAAAUGUCUCAUCUGCUAUGGGACCUCUGGACCUAAUGGUACUGGAUGGCACCGAAUGCUUAGACUGGUCUUUGGGGCCACAGUGCCUAAUGAAAUUAUCAACUGGGGACACUAUGAGGGCUGGCGAGUACUCUCUGGCUGUGGAACUAGAGCAUGCUGAUCCCUCGAUUGUAAACCUUCAGCAGGGUGGCAGCCCUGCUCAGCCCCAAGUCUGUGGAGGCUCCGUGAGCGUUACUCCACCUUGCCCUGCUGAGAUCCUGUGCGCCACUUGUUCAUCUUCUUCAGCUCAGCCUUCCCCGAUUUAUAAGGGUCCUCAUCAUGAAGAAAUGGAUUCUAAUACGGUAGUCAAACUACUUUAUUCCCAGCUGGACCUAAUUAAAAGCUUAUUUAUAAAAUGGACAGAAGACCUGUCACUGAUUAAGAACCUCCUUGCCGAAUGUAUGGGUCAGUUGUUAUUAUUAACGGCCCCAAUGUCGUCUUGUUCAAAGGACGCCACCUUAAUUCAACCUCUCUGCACUACUUUGUCAACGGCUGUGUCGGAGACUAAGUCUCGGGUGGACAGGGAUCCUAGUCCCAUACAUGAACUUAGUUUUACAACUGAAUUGCCUACGUCUCUCUACCUCUCUUAUUUGACCAUUACGGGUAAUGUCACACAAAUUAAACUGGUACUUACUAAUCACCAUCUUCAAUUGCCAAUGUAUUUUUUCUUGAGUAAUCUCUCAUUCCUGGAGCUCAUGAUCACUGCAACCGUCAUGCCUAAGAUGCUAAUAAAUAUAAUCACAGGAAAGAAGACCAUCUCUUUUGUGGGCUGUCCUACUCAGUCAUUCUUCUAUUUCCUUAUGGGCUCAACUGAAUUCUUCAUCCUGGCUGUAAUGUCCUUUGACCAUUACGUUGCAAUAUGCUACCCCCUGCGCUAUGCAUCCAUUAUGAACAGCAAAGCCUGUUUCCAGCUCCUUCUGGGGUCAUGGGUUGGUGGUUUCUUGAUUAUUCUAGUUCCCAGCAUUGUGACAGCUGGUCUACCAUUCUGUGGCCCAAACAUUGUCAACCACUUCUUCUGUGACAGUGCCCCCUUACUCAAGCUUGUCUGUGGUGACACAUCAUUGGCUGAAAGGGUUGAUUUUGGGACUUCUUCUAUAUUGCUUCUGGGUUCACUUCUCAUAACAGUUGUGUCAUACAUUUACAUUAUUAUUGCUGUCCUGAAGAUACCAUCAGCACAAGGGCGACAAAAGGCCUUCUCAACGUAUGUUUCUCAUAUCACUGUGGUAAUAUUGUACUAUGGGAGCUCUAUCUUCAUUUAUGUCCAUCCCACUAAAGGGAACAUUCUGGAUUUCAACAAAAUAGGCACUGUACUGAACACAAUGGUGACACCCAUGCUAAAUCCUUUCAUAUACAGUCUGAGAAAUGUGAAGGUGAAGGAUUCCCUUAGAGUUAUCUUCAAUCAAAGAAAACUAAUUCUUAAGAAAUGA